AUGGAUUUUGAUGAUCCGGAGUUCCUACAAAAUCUUCGUGAAGCAUUAAGAAACAUCCAAGAAGGUGGAAAUCGAAGGCAACCCCGCCGUGGUGAACAUAGGGUUGUGGAAGAAUUCAAGGUGUCUGAAUUGCCUGAAUUUGUUGGUGGAACUGAUCCUGAACGCUACUUGGAGUGGGAAAGGAAGAUUGAAAGAAUGUUCGAGUUCAAAGAAGUGGAUGAUGAAAAAAGCUGCAAGUAUGCCAUUCUCAAGCUAAGUGGUGGUGCUUCAUUGUGGUUUGAAGGGCUUAAGGCCAAGAGAACCCGUGAAGGCAAAGAAAAAAUUUGUUCUUGGCUUUCUCUAAAACGAAAGCUAAGAAAGAGACAUGUUCCUUCUACUCAUAGAAUUGCCACUUACAAGAAGAUUGCUGAUUUGAGGCAAGGAAAAAUGAGUGUUGGAGAAUACAUUGAUGAAUUUGAGAAGUUGUCCUUGAUGGGGGAUAUUGAAGAAAUUGAAGAACAAAAAAUGACUCGUUUUCUAAAAGGGUUGAACUACAACAUUGCCAAUGUUGUGGAGUUAUAUCCUUAUGCUGAUUUUGGAACUCUUUGUGGUUUGUGUUUGAAGUUGGAGGGGCAGGCCAAAGCACGUUAUGGUGGGAGUUCAAGUUCAAGUCUCGAAAGUCCCAAGUCAAAGUCGUGGUCCAAGCCCGAGUCUAGCAAUAGACAAAAUUCUGUUUCUACUCCUUCUGGUUCUAGUAGUGUUCCCGUUGCUCCUAAACUUACUAGUGGUACCAAAGAAACUAGUUUGGCGAAAAUUAGAUGUUUCAAGUGUCAAGGUUUUGGUCAUUACCAAAAUGCUUGUCCAAACAAAAGGGUGGUGACUUUAAGGGAGGCCAUUGAAUGUCGUGAAGAGUUGGAGGAAGAAGAGAGGUUGGCGGGUAUUUUUUAUGAUACACAACAAGAAGAGGAAGAAGAGGAGGAGGUAGAGUAUGAAGCACCGGUGUAUGAUACAGUUUUGGUGCUUAGAACCCUUAAAACUCAAGGGGUUCAAACCGUGGCUGAUAUGGAUCAACGAGACCAAUUGUUUAACACCAAAUGUUUGGUUAGAAACAAGUGGUGUAGUUUGAUUAUUGAUGGUGGAAGUUGUACUAAUGUUGCUUCUAAUGAAAUGGUGAUCAAAUUGGGUUUGUCUACUACAAACCACCCAAAACCAUAUGUUCUUCAUUGGUUGGAUGAUGGAAGCAAAAUAAAGGUGACAAAACAGGUUAGAGUUGGUCUAACUAUGGGGUCUUAUGAAGAUGAAGUGUUGUGUGAUGUUAUUCCUAUGGAUGCAUGUCAUAUUUUGUUGGGGCGUCCUUGGCAAUUUGAUAGGGACGUGUUACAUAGAGGGAGGAGCAAUGAAUAUGAGUUGAAACACAAUAAUAAAAAAAUUGUGUUAAAACCCAUGUCCCCAACGGCCAUAAGUGAAAGGGAGGUGGAGCAAGUUCUUGACAAAGGUGAUGUUAUCUACAUGCUUGUGGCCAAAGAGCAUGCAAAGGUGGAGAAGAUGGUGCAUGGAGAAAACGCUAUUGCUGAUUUGCUUUUGGAGUUUCAAGAUGUGUUUCCAAGCGAAUUACCACCGGGUUUGCCUCCAAUCCGUGGUAUCGAACACCAAAUUGACCUUAUUCCGGGUGCUCCUUUGCCCAAUAAAGCCGCCUAUAGAUGUAAUCCGGAGGUGACAAAAGAGUUGCAAAAACAAAUUGAUGAACUCAUGAAAAUGGGUUAUGUUCGUGAAAGCCUAAGUCCUUGUGCUGUUCCAGUUUUGUUGGUUCCAAAAAAAGAUGGUUCUUGGAGGAUGUGUGUUGAUAGUAGGGCCGUUAAUAACAUCACCAUAAAAUACCGAUUUCCUAUUCCUAGAAUUGAUGAUUUGUUGGACGAGUUGCAUGGUUCUAUUGUGUUCUCAAAAAUUGAUUUGAGAAGUGGUUACCAUCAAAUUCGUAUGCGUGAAGGGGAUGAAUGGAAAACAGCCUUUAAAACUAAACAUGGCUUGUUUGUGGUUGUGUACCUUGAUGAUAUCUUGGUAUAUAGCAAGAGCUUGGAGGAUCAUUUGGUGCACUUAAAACAGGUUUUCGAGACGCUUAGAGCUCAAAAACUCUAUGGGAAGCAAGAAAAAUGUUCGUUUUUGGUGGAAGAAGUGGCAUUUUUGGGUUUUGUGGUGUCAAGAAAUGGCGUGUCCGUGGACCCAUCCAAGACUGAAGCAAUCAAGUCAUGGCCUAUUCCUACUAAUAUUUCUGAAGUUAGAUCAUUUCAUGGUCUUGCUUCUUUCUAUAGAAGAUUUGUUCGUGAUUUUAGCACCAUUGCAAGUCCCAUAACAGGUUGUUUGAAGAAAGGAGUCUUUGCAUGGGGAGAAGAAGCUCAAAAGGCAUUUGAGAAACUCAAGGCAUUGUUGUGUGAUGCUCCUAUUUUGGCUCUUCCUGAUUUUUCUCAACCAUUUGAAGUGGAGUGUGAUGCAAGUGGAGUUGGUAUUGGGGCUGUUUUGAUCCAAUCCAAACGUCCUAUUGCUUAUUUUUCUGAAAAGUUGGGUGGUGCUCGUUUGAAUUAUUGCACUUAUGAUAAGGAGUUUUAUGCUAUUGUCCGUGCUUUAGAUCAUUGGAGUCAUUAUUUGCGUGCAAAUCAUUUUAUUUUGCAUUCUGAUCAUGAAUCCUUAAAGUACAUCAAUGGGCAACAAAAGUUGAGCACAAGACAUGCAAAGUGGGUGGAGUUCUUGCAAUCCUUUCAUUUCUCAUGCAAAUACAAGGAUGGUAGAAGCAAUGUGGUGGCUGAUGCACUCUCGAGGCGUUACUCGUUGUUGGUGACUUUGGAUGUUCGUUUCUUGGGAUUUGAAACUCUAAAGGACCAUUAUCAAUCUGAUAUGGACUUUGGAGAUAUGUUUUUGAAAUGUGCAGGUGGUCCUAAUGGUGAAUUUGUGAUUCAAGAUGGCUUUCUAUUCAAAGGCAAUCGCCUUUGUGUCCCAAAACAUGCAAUACGGGAGUUGUUGAUUCGUGAAGCUCAUGGCGGUGGUUUGGCUGGUCAUUUUGGCAUUACCAAAACUUUGCAGGUCACUCUCCUUUUGAGGUGGUGUAUGGUGUGA